AUGUCCACUCGUAAUCCAUCUCCACCACCUGACUAUGAUGGCAAUGAGAAUCAGAUUGAUAUGAUUGGAGACACAACAUAUAGUCGACGAUGGCUUUUCUCAAUGUUGAUAAAAUUUUUGGAAAGCGUUAAUAAAGAAACGUCUGCGACUUGGGCGAACUCAGAGGAUAAUUCAGACGGCGACCGGCUAGAUAGUGAGCUUGAAGAGCAGUUGUGUUGUCUAUGGGAUCUGACGGUCAAUCGGGAUGUUCUCAAGUUCCUUGACGAGUUUGAAAUCGUCUCAAUAUUUAAUAAUGCUCUUGGAGACGUUCAGAAACCCAGACUUUUGGAAAUCAUGGUGGGGAUUCUUGCAAAUCUAGCUUAUGACCCUGUCGCGUGCCGUAAAAUGAGCGAGAGUGAAUCGUUUAUCAUUCGUAUAACAAGCUUAUUAUAUUCAAGGGAUACACCCACUCUUAUUGAAACAUGCAGACUGAUACAAACUGUGCUUGCAUCAGAUGAAUACAAAAUGCCGUGGUUAGAUGAAAUACGCUUCCAGCCAGAGUUUUUUGAAAACAUUCUCUUUAUUCUAAAGAGUUCAACCAAUGCAAAUUUAUUGAUUGGUGCUGUUCGCCUUAUUGACGUUAUCACACGAGAUGAUGACAGUUUGGCUGAAGUCUGGUGUGGUGAUCAGUUACUAAAGGCUAUUUUGAUAGCUCAACAUGAGAUGAAAUGGUUGCAUGGCAGUGAAGUGGAAAUAAUUCAUCGUUUGUUGUACACGUUCUCUUCUAAUGUAAAUGGUGUAUCGGCCUUAGUUAAAUGCUUUCCAGAAGUUUUGCCUACAUUCGGUGUCUAUUUGCGCAAAGUGUGUGAAGAUGCUCCGCAUCUGAUCCAUUUUACAACUUACUACAAUAGUUUACGUGCUAUAAUCCCAAUCAUAGAUGUGGUUAUCGCUAGUUUAGAAUGUAUGGAUGCUUUAUCCUGUUAUUUGUCUGGUCCUAUCUACGCUGCUUCUGUUGCUGACUUGUUGCUUUUCACCUUUUGACCUUCGUGUUUCUCUGACAUCAGACCUAAAUCAUCCACGAAGCUCAGAUCUACUAGAGAAUUCAAAGAAUACUAUUAUGAAUUCAGGAGUAAAUAAGAUUGAUUUGCCUAGAAUUUACGUUUUUUAUAUAUGUAACAAAAGUUCAGACCUGUUCUACUGAUAAUUUAUAUCUAUAUUUAGGUUGUUUUUCCCCCAGUGCUGUCUGUUGUUGAAGUUGAUUUCUCUAUGGUAAUUAUGUAAUGAGAGCUGUUGGCUAGCCAAAAUUGGUAGACAGCAAUUGACGUCAAUGUUUACGUUCCAUAUGUGGGUCAUGAGGAAAAUCACGAACAAAGACUAACUCAAUAACCAAUCACAGUAGACUUUGCGUGGGCGGAUACGAUUCGCAGAUAUAUGGAUAAUUUUGUAAGGAACGCUCACAAGCAGUACAGAAUAACCUUCAGCAGGAGAAAUAACCAAUUCGAAGACGCUGUUUCUCUGUUAAUAAUGUCGAAUAAUAAUGUGCAUAAAAAUAUAUAAAUAUCUGAAUAAAAAUUCCCAUUAAAAUUUUCAAAAGAAUGCAUACUGAACAAAGAGUACUCUUUUCGAUGAAUUCAUCAUCAGGCUCUACAUUU